GUCCAAGCUGCCCGUCGUAGCAGCAGCUUCAUGACUGCCAUUACUCAGUCACCAACUUUCAAGACAUUUUCCUUGGCUUUUGCUAAGCUAGAGAAACAAUACGUUACGAUGGCUGAAUACAAGGCACUUAUGAGCGAAGAGCCCGAUGAUGAGUCCAUAUACCUUGAAAAGCAGCGACCCCCUAACCGUACUAUAUCCAAUAGCCAUGGAUUAUAUCACUCUAAGCUAUUUUUCAUACUCAUAAUCAUACUCUCAGUUUCCUCAAUUUCAUUGAACAUUUUACAGCUUAGCUUCUACUUGAUAUCACUUCGUACCCCUGACCACGAAGAUGGGCCUCACUAUUCGAAAUACGCUAGACUAGAAGAUGACACCGUAGAGGUAUUCUGGAACCAGAGCGGCAAAUACGCCAACCCCGACGACGAUGCCAGGGACCACCUCUGGGACGAGCUCGACAUCGACUCGGGAGUCGUCGCCGUGCCAAAAACAUGGGCGAGGGAGAAAGGGUUACCCGAAGCAACCACGUUUCCUUGGGAUACCGACAAAGCGCUGUAUUUUGUAAACGCCUACCAUAGCGUGCAUUGCCUGAAAAACGUCUACCGCGCCUUCCGCGACCUCCGCCUCGGCCUGGCCCCCUCCGUCGGCCCCGCGCACGUAACGCACUGCCUCGACCAGCUCCUCGCCGACGUCUUCUGCCACGCCGACGACACGCUGCGCGCCGCCAACCGCUCGACGCCGCACGUCACGGCGUCCAACCAGAACCGCCGGUGCCGCGACUGGUCCGCGCUAAGGCAGUGGACGCUCGCGCACCCGGGGUGCUACAGGUAUGGCAACCAUACCCUGGAGGACGCGAGGCCGAGCCAGAUCGCGAGGAUGCGGUAUUGUCCCGAGGGGAGUAGGGAGUUGGAGAGGGUCAGGGAGUAUUUUGGGAAGGGGGGGGACUGGAGGCCGGAGGAGGAGAGGAAGUGGAGUUGGUUUGAUUGAGGAGGGGGGGAUGGGUUGGGCUAAGUACGGGUGUUGUUGUUCUUCGCGGUAGAUGCUUUAUGGUGUAUUUGGUAAAUUGCAGUAUCGGAAGGCAUGUUUCUCAUUCCUGGUUUCUGGAGUUCUAUAGUAUGAUGGUAUCUGGAGUAUCCUACUCAGUAUUAGGUAGCUAUUCGAUUUCUCAAUAUUCUACGUAUUGCUUCAUAACCCUCGCCCUCUUUCUGAGGGGCCGCUGAUUACCGAGCAUAGCUCAUGACUCAGAAUGAACGAAUGUGAUAGUACAUGUACGAAGUAUAGACUGAUAGAGUGAAACUUACACUGUGUCGUGGUUGCUCACAA